AUUUAUUGAAAAGCCUUCCAAAUAGGACUUUAGUGACGAAUUUCCAACCAUUCCAACCCGAUAUGCUUUCGACGAGGAUUCCAGUGACGAAGAUUUAGCCGAGGUUGUUGACAAGUUAGAUCUCGAUACUAUAAAAGUCAAACUUGUUAAAGAAGAUUCUAUGAAUAGCUGCACAAUUUUCUAUGGAACAUAUGGCCCGGGUGAAGUCUUUCUUAAAGCAUCCUAUUCUACUGGAACGAAAGUGGGAAGCAUUCAAUUGAAAGACAAGAUUAUAGCAUCUAUAUUUGCGAGCUCCAAUAGUAGUACCGAUCUUGCUAUCAUCAGUGAGGAGAAAAUACCGGAUGAAAUGGUGUUCGCUGCGACCGUUGCUCUUUUCCAACAACUUCCUUGUAAAGAAGUGAUACUUUUUGACUCGUAUCUAGCUUCCAACUACAUCACAUUUAAUCGACAGGAGCGCGAAACCGUUCCAAUUGUGAAAUAUUUAAGGUCCUCUCUUGGCAGGAAGUCAUCCCAGCUUGAUAUGCUUAGUGCACCGAACCUAACAACCGGAAUAUCUGCUGCCAUAUUGACAUAUUGUGAGCUGCACCAAUUACCUUGCGUAGCAUUAUUUACAUUGCAAGAAUCGUCACUAGGAAAAGCAUUGAUAACAGAUGAAACAACGGCUGCCUUCGCGACUGCAUUAGAAGAUCUCGAUGUGACCUGCCCGUCAUUAGAUUAUGACAACCUUCAAAGUAUUUUACGAAGCAGAAAGUUCGGCAAAGACAGUGGUAGAAUUGAUGCGGAUCAUCACCGCAUGUAUACAUAAUUUUACAUAUUAGUUAUCGUAAGCAGUGCAACACAGCCAGAAACGACAACAUAGGUUUUAUAAUUUUGCAUUGAAUGAAUAUACAAAUGAAAUCA